AUGGAAAAUUUAAACAAACACCUCUUUAUUGGAACUUCAAAAGAAAAAUUUUACUAUCACAACACUUUAUUAUGUUUGGUUCAAUCACUUCAAGAACAAAACAUUACUGUAGAUCUGCGUAAUGAUGCAUAUGUUUGCGGGACUGUCGUUUCUGUUGAUGGAUUUAUGAACAUAUCGUUUUCUCAUGCUGUAUAUUGUGAUACACACGGAAAUGAGUUCUCUUUUGAAAAUUUGUUUGUGCAAUCACGUAAUAUCAGAUACGUUCACGUACCGGAAAAUAUAUCAAUAUUGGGUAAUAUAAAGGAAGCAGUGAAGAAAGAUAUUAAAAAGAAAUCAUCUGAAACACCCACUGAGAAGAAGUCCAGAAAGGCUAAAAAGGCACUUCAACAACAUAUGCAAAUUGUAGCAUCACUGGAAAAUACGAAAUAA